UAGUGGUGGUGGUGGGAAGAAGGGGAAGGCCAGAACACCUGAUGAGGUCUCCAACAAAAGUGCAAUAUGCUGUAGUGAGGAGGUGGUGAGGAGGGGGGGACUCAUCCUUUUCUGUGACUAUGUGUGUCAGAACCUGAGCGAUGUGGAACACAUGACCUGGGUCAUCAUUAACCAUGUAAAGGACCUCAUUGAACUGGCUCAGGAGCCCCCUGUACAGGACUUCAUAAGUGCAAUUCAUCGCAACUCUGCUGCUAGUGGACUCUUCUUACAAGCCAUCCACUCAAGAUGUGAGAAACUCUCCAAGCCAUGUAUAGUGAAGUCCAUGCUGGGGUGUUUAGAGGGGAUCCACCUGACCCAGUCUGGCACCCUUCUCACCCUCCUGAUCGACAAGUUCCUCCAAACCCCCCACCACGCCCUCGCCAGGAUGUGUGACUCGCUGGCCUGCAGGAGGGUGGAGAUGAUACUGGCUCAACCUGUGGAGGACAGCAGGACCCAGUUUCCUGUGGAAGAUGUGGAGAAGCUGCAGGUGUUCAUGAGGGAGUCAGGACUGGCACUCAGACAUCAGAGACUUGCCUCCCUCCUGGCAAGGUUCAAGGCUGUUAUCACCCAGCAGGCUGUUCCUCCAGUGGAACCACCCCCCUCCUCCCACCCCUUAGAUGCUGCUAACAUCAACAUUGCCUCCCUGUCAAUCAAUAAGGAUCUGUAUGUGGCGACAGUGCAGGACCAUUGCUUCAGACGGGACAGUAAUGCCCAGGAGUGUGCCCUGAUGCUCAGUAAGCUGGACUACUCGGAUGUACUCACUAUCAUGAUGACAAAGGAGUUCCACAUGAGGCUGUUGGAAGACUCCAUCUCUGUAGGACUCCAACAAUCUCGUAUCUCCUCUAGCCUUGCAUACGGCACUGCUGACGUUCUUAACAGAACAAGAGGUCUGAAGCUGGGGAAGGCUCACCACCUCCUGCGCGCAUCCUGCAUCACGCUACUACGACACGUCAGCAACGUCGUCAACAUCCUCCCCAGUCCGCAGCAGCUGGUCUCCCCCGGCAACCAUCACCCGGGCAACCACGCCAGCCGCAGCCGGACGCCCCCGCGGGAGAAGUACCGGCUGAAGAUGGACAUGCUGUUCGCCGACCGGGAGUGGAGACACUCCGUGUUCCACAUGGCCGCGGGGCUGACGGUGUAUCUGCUCUCCCUGAGUAAGAUUCCCGAACAGUGUCAGAUUCCCGAAGAUUCUUUCACAGAUAUCUGCAGAUUUAGCAUCUUGGUCUUAGAGAUCCUGUGUUACCUGCUGUACAAGGGGCGCACGCCCAGCUCACAGCAGCUGCAGACAGCUGUGGAAUGCUGCUGUGCCGUGCUGAAGAAUCCGCAGCUGUUCACCAUCAUGGUGGCCACGGAACACGCUAACCUGGUCACCACAGCUGUGGGCAGCAUUCAUCAAGUCGUCAAGUCAGUGUGCAUUAGUGCAGGAGAGAAGCUGUCACCUGUCAGCUUACCUGAACCAGGAGAAAGCAAGAACAUCUCAGAAGAUCAACAGAGGGCUCUUCUGGCCUGCAGACAGAUGUGUGAGCUGCUGCAGUGCCUAACAACUACCCUGUCCCCGGGUAACACCAGACUCCCACAGUUCCUUGCUGCACCCCUGAGGAACGUGGUGCUGAACCUAGCCAGGCUGCCAUUGGUCAACAGCUAUGCCAGAACUCCACCAAUCGUGUGGAAGAUGGGUUGGGGGGCGUCGCCUGGGGGAGAGACGGGGACAAAACUACCAGAGCUGCCGUUUGACUUUCUACAGGAGAGAGAAGUGCUGAAGGACUUCAUCUUCAGGAUAAAUGCUGUUGGCUGGACAUCACGGACACAGUUUGAGGAGACGUGGGCAGGUUUGCUGGGCAUCCUGAGUGCCCUGCCCAUCACUGUACCUGCUGAGAGUAGGGAGGAGGAGAUAGAGAAGACCCAGGCCAACGUCCUGGCUGUGCGGACCAUCACUGCCCUGGUGCUGGACUCCACCCUGCACCCCCAGCCGGGAAACCCCGCCAGCAGUGUGUACGAGUACCGCCCGCGCAGCAAGCCUCCUUCUUACAUCAACACCAGGUGGGGAAGGAAGCUUGCUCAGGUCAGACACAUUGUGGAGAAGGAAAUCAUGGCAAUAGCAGCAGAAAGAUGUGACCUGUGCUCCCAUCAUCAAUACUUUAACAUGCAAGAGCAGCAGCUACUAGAGGGGGAGGGGGGCCUGUACAGUGCAGAUGUGCAUAGGACACUGGGCUUCACAGACUAUGGUCUGGGACAUGUGUCCAUCAAGUCCAUCUGGUCAGACAACCACAUCCUGAACCAGACUCCGGACACGGACGAGGAGCCAGACUUCCCUGACCAGGAGGGUGGGGGGACGGCCCAGCCCAUGGUGACAACCCCGCGGCGGUUCCGCGGCGGACUGGACAUCCACUCCUGUCUGCAGUUCCUGGUGGAGCUGUACAGCCAGUGGAUGGAGCCCACAGCCAUGCCCAGGACACCCGUACCACUGCUGUGUGAGGUGGCCAAGUCGAUCUUGCUAAUUUCCGACCUGUUCACUGAGCUGCGUCAGUACGAGUGGAUGUUCGACUCCCUACUGGAGCUGAACAAGAUCCACCCCGUGGAGGACGAAAUCCUGCUACAGUACGUGGUACCCGGGGUCUGUAAGGCUGGUGCUGUCAUGGGCAUGGAAGGACCAGUCGCUGAAAGGGUGUCCAAACUGUUGGAGUCUUCUCUAAAGAGCACACAUCUUCCAACCAAGGUGGGCAGUGUGUAUGGUAGUCUGUACAUUCUGGAGGCAGGGCCAUCCGAGGCCACCAAGCUGCUGGUGCCGGUACUGCAGGACUACCUCAGCAAGAGCAUCCCACCCAUUGCACAGUGCUGUAUUGUACAUGUGGAGCCCCAUGCGUUGGCCAUGUGGGCUACAGCCUUCUAUCUGAUGGAGCACUACCAGGAGGACCUGAAGGAGUCAGACUUUAAGUCCACCAUGCUGCAAGCUGCCAUCACCACAGCCUCGGGGAGCGAGGAGGUGACUCCCGCGCCCGUGUACCAUGCCGUGGUGCGCGGGCUGGAGCGGCUUCUGGUCACCAGGGUACUGACCGGGCACGAGGCAGAACCACUGGUCAAACUCAGUGUGGACAGACUGUGCCUGCCCAGCCCACCCCGAGCCAUCGCAGCGCUGGGCCUGAUGCUGACCUGUAUGUACACCGGGAAGGACGCAGGGGACACGGGCAGCGACACCAGCAGUGGGCGCUCCGAACCAACCACGCCCGACAACGAGUCACUCAUUGUUGCCAUGGAGAGGGUCACAGUACUCUUUGAUAGGAUCCGGAAAGGUUUCCCGUGCGAGGCGCGCGUGGUGGCGCGGAUCCUUCCGACCUUCCUGGACGACUUUUUCCCCGCCCAGGAUAUCAUGAACAAGGUCAUUGGGGAGUUCCUGUCCUCCCAGCAGCCUCACCCACAACUCAUGGCGAAGGUUUUAUAUGAUGUGUUCCACAACCUGCAUGAGCGUGACCAGCAGCAGGUGGUGCGGGACUGGGUCAUGCUGUCCCUCUCCAACUUCACCCAGCGUACACCUGUCGCCAUGGCAACCUGGAGCCUCACCUGCUUCUUCCUCAGCGCCUCCACCAACCCCUGGGUCUGUGCACUAUUACCCCAUGUGAUCGGGCGCAUGGGUCUGAUGGAGACUGUUGACCGGAAACUCUUCUGUAUCACUGCGCUGGACUUCUACAAGAACCAGAUCACAGAGGAGCUGGACAGACGAGCGUUUGAGUCCAUCUUCCAGGCUGCGUCAUCGUCUGCUCCCGACGGUCCCUAUCUGCAGCUCAUCCAACUCAUCCACUGAACACCCACCCGGGUCAACAAUACUGGGAACACACCCAUCCGGCUCACCAACCCUCGGUACAAACCCAUCUGGGUCUCCAGCCCUGGGCACACACACACCCAGGUCUCCAACCCUGGGUACACACCCAUCUUGGUACACACCCACCCGUGUCAACAACCCUUGGUACACACCCAUCUGGGUCUCCAGCCCUUGGUACACACCCACCUGCAUCAACAACCCUGGGAACACACCCAUCUGGGUCUCCAACCCAGGGUACACACCCACGGGUUUCCAACCCUAUGUACACACCACCCAGGUCUCCAACCCUGAGAACAUACCUAUAAAAACCCACACAGGUCACUAAUCCUGGGAACACACUUGCAAACACCCACCCGGGUUUCCAACCUGGGAAUACAGCCGCAAACAUCCAUCCAGGUCUCAGUCCCCAUAGAUUGUACAUCACACUUAGAAAGUGCCCUAUUCUAGAUCCGGACCGGAUAGCUCCUCUGAUCGCUUUCAAGCUGCUUCUGAGAAAUGUUCAAAAUAAUGCAGGAUGUAAGGGCCAAACGUUUCCAUGGUGACAGGAACCAGACUAUUCUGCUUAGAAGCAAUCAAAGGAGCAAACCAGAACUAGAAUACGACAGACACCAUUCUAGUGGAAAGCUCCAAUCCACAGUAAAUACGCUUUGAGGGAAACAUUAACAUAUAUAGUUGAUGUGCCAAUCUGAAUUGGAGUAGUGUUGAUAAAUGUGUCUGUAGCAAGAGGAAGUUAUUUCUGGCAAAAGAGGGUCAGUUGAAGAGUGUAAAUAUUGUUGAACAAGGCUGUUUACAAUGUACAUGUAUCUACUGGUGCCAAAUUUGGUACAACAUCAGUGUUAUACAGUUGUAGAUGAAUGAAAACACAGUCCAGAUGUAAUUGUAGCACACCAUAUUACAAACAGCUAAAAACAUGUAGACGUAUUGUUUUAGAUGCACUUUCUGACCUUGGCAGCUUAGUAUAGCACCAAUAGUGAAGUCAUGUAGUAACAUUGGGUAAGAAAUAUGAAAAGCAAACAGCCUUUGAGAUGAUAAUGUUGAUGCUUGCUGUAAGUAUAUAGCUCAGAGAUGGUAUUUCUUGUUACGUGGAUAAAGGCAAGGCAUCCAGGAUUACUCAAGGUAACAGUUAUUCAAGCAACUGCAAAUUUGGAAAUUUCAAAAUUACGUCCAGUAGCGUGAGUACCUGUUACCUUGCUUAUGGUAUUUCUUGAUUCAACGGCUUAUUCCUUAGAACAAAGGAAGCAUUGACAGGUGCAUCUUGUACUUAUGACAUGCUUCUUAUACUGUAAAUCACUAACUGAUAGACACAGUUUCACAAUAAACAGUAUAAUGUAAAGUAAUGUAAAAAAACACAUUUAAAUACAUGUACAUGUAGGUGAUGUGCUUGUACCAUGUAGUAAUGCUUGUGACAUUAAUGUAAAAUUGCAACAACCUGAUAAAUUUUCUCCCACAAGAAGUGUCAAUGUAAGCCUCCUCUAACAGCUAUAGAUUGUAGACAAUUGAACAUAUACAAUAACAGUGCAACAUGUCUGUUAGUGCAUAAAGCUACUGGUUAUCCUUAGUUAGCUUCAUCAAAUUCUAAAUGGUAAAAAAAAACUUGUACUGUACUAUUACGUAUUGUUGCUGAUAGAUUAUUGUGCGACAAACUAUUACCUAACUUAAAUUACCAUCACAGAUAUCAGGGUAGUGUCGCCAGUACAGCAAUUUUGACUAAUGUUACAGGCAUUCAAAACCCCAACAUUCUAUAUUAUUAGAUGCAGCUGUAGUGUUAUAGUUAGAAUGUAGUUCUGAGAUUAAUGUGCAACUGUACUUUCACAUUAUGAAAUUUGAUUAGAUUUCGUUCAUUGACAUUUCCUACUCAUGAAAAAUUGCACUUCAUGAUCAUUGCCCUUAGAAUGAUAAUACUAUAAAAUUGCAAGACAAUAGCAAGUAUACAAUAUAAAUUUAAGAAGUGAAUGUCCCCAGACACAGUACAGUGAGCCUUUAGAUGGGUAAAUUUGUGUUGGGUGGGUCGUCAGAUGUAGAUUCUGAUGAUAUUGUGUUUUACUGUUAUAUGUGAUUUGUUAAGCCUAAUUAUAAGUGAUGAGUACUGU